CAUCAGCCCCCAUUUUCCUGCCGCUAUACUUAGGGUUUUUCUCUCUCUACUCUCUCACUCUCUCUCUAUCACUCGCUCCCUAAUACUCACUCAAUUUGCUCUUCUUCCCCAAUUUUGUACUCAUUUCCAUGGAUUCUUUAUCCUUAAACUAGGGUUUCUCUUCAAUUUUUCUGGGUUUAAUUUAAUUCUGAGAGGUUAGGGUUUUUCCGAGGGUUUUUCAAGUGAGAAAAUGGCAACAACAAACCCCUUCAAUUUGUUGGAUGAUGAUGCCGAGGAUCCCGCCCUCCUCAUUGCUGCGCAGGAGCAGAAGGCUGUUGCCGUUGAUAAGAAGGCUCCGGCUGCUGCCGCACCCGCUGCUAAGCCCGCCAAACUCCCGUCCAAGCCUCUUCCUCCUACUCAAGCUGUGAGAGAAGCAAGGAAUGAAGGUGGUCGUGGUGGAGGUGGCCGUGGUGGUCGUGGUGGCGGUGGCCGUGGACGUGGUCCAGGUGGAGCUAACAGGGAUUUUGCUGCCAAUAAUGAUGAAGCAUUUGCUAAUGAAAAUGGAGCUUCAAUGGCAUACAAGGAGGAAAGAGGGCAAACUGAAAGACGUGGAGGGUAUGUUGGUUCUCGCGGUGUUUACCGUGGAGGGCGCCGUGGAGGAUUUGGCAAUGGAGAAAUUUCUGAAGGAGAACGACCCAGGAGGACAUUUGAGCGCCGUAGUGGCACUGGUCGUGGAGGCGGUGACAUUAAACGUGAGGGUGCUGGUCGCGGAAACUGGGGAACUCCUACUGAUGAAAUUGCUCCGGAGACUGAGGAACCUUCUGUGGAAAAUGAGGCAGCUGCAGCUGAGAAGCCGGCAGGAGAAGAAGUUGUUGAUGCUGAGAAGGAGAAUCCAGAAAAAGAGGCUGAAGAAGUUGAGCCUGAAGAAAAGCAAAUGACACUUGAGGAAUAUGAGAAGGUCUUGGAGGAGAAGAGGAAGGCUUUGCUAGCAUUGAAGGCUGAGGAAAGGAAGGUUGAUGUGGACAAGGAAUUUGAAUCUAUGCAGUUGGUUUCAAAGAAGAAAAUUGAUGACGAGGUCUUCAUAAAAUUGGGUUCUGACAAGGACAAGAGAAAAGAUGCUGCCGAGAAAGAAGAAAGGGCUAAGAAGUCUGUGAGCAUUAAUGAAUUUCUGAAGCCUGCCGAAGGUGGUGACUCAUACUAUAGGCGUGGUGGAAGAGGAAGAGGCCGUGGUGGUAGGGGUGGCAAUGGAGGAGGAUAUGGCAUGAAUCAUGCUUCUGCUCCUAAAAUUGAAGAUCCCAACCAGUUCCCAUCCUUGGGUGGAAACUGAGAUUUUGUCCACCGUUGUCUUGGUUAUUUUUGGCGCUCUUAAAUUUGAGACUUAUUUAUGAUGUUCAGAAGCUCAACAGUUGCAGAAAGAUUUGACAGGAAUAAUUGUGUUUUUUCCUGUAUUAAGAGUGUAAAUCCCGUAGAUUUGUCACCUUGCAAAUUUUUCUUUGUUGUCUGUUGUGUCUUCAUCUUUUUCCAAAUCAUUAGGUUUGAUAGCAAGAGUGUAACUUUGGUAUUAGUUUUGAACUUCAAUUUUGGAAUCUAUGAAUGGCUGGUAGGUAGUACUGCUGGAAAGUUUCAACUUUUUUUUGGGAAGAUUUGUUCAGAUGCAGAUGUAGAUUUAGUUUGUUAA